AUGUUUAUAUCAGUAAGUAGAGGUUGGUAUUGCAACCGGGUAAAUGGUGGGCUGGUGAUGCGAUCAGUUAAAGUUGACCUCCAUCGGGACCAAGAGAACUUAGAGGUAAAUGGUGGGCUGGUGAUGCGAUCAGUUAAAGUUGACCUCCAUCGGGACCAAGAGAACUUAGAGGUAAAUGGUGGGCUGGUGAUGCGAUCAGUUAAAGUUGACCUUCAUCGGGACCAAGAGAACUUAGAGGUAAAUGGUGGGCUGGUGAUGCGAUCAGUUAAAGUUGACCUCCAUCGGGACCAAGAGAACUUAGAGGUAAAUGGUGGGCUGGUGAUGCGAUCAGUUAAAGUUGACCUCCAUCGGGACCAAGAGAACUUAGAGGUAAAUGGUGGGCUGGUGAUGCGAUCAGUUAAAGUUGACCUCCAUCGGGACCAAGAGAACUUAGAGGUAAAUGGUGGGCUGGUGAUGCGAUCAGUUAAAGUUGACCUCCAUCGGGACCAAGAGAACUUAGAGGUAAAUGGUGGGCUGGUGAUGCGAUCAGUUAAAGUUGACCUUCAUCGGGACCAAGAGAACUUAGAGGUAAAUGGUGGGCUGGUGAUGCGAUCAGUUAAAGUUGACCUUCAUCGGGACCAAGAGAACUUAGAGGUAAAUGGUGGGCUGGUGAUGCGAUCAGUUAAAGUUGACCUCCAUCGGGACCAAGAGAACUUAGAGGUAAAUGGUGGGCUGGUGAUGCGAUCAGUUAAAGUUGACCUUCAUCGGGACCAAGAGAACUUAGAGGUAAAUGGUGGGCUGGUGAUGUGAUCAGUUAAAGUUGACCUUCAUCGG